AUGAAGUUAUAUGGAAUAUUAUUUAUUGUUAUUUUUCUCAUUGAUUUAUGUACAGCUCGUGACAAAUUUCUUGAUCGUAGAUCUCUUCAAGAUUAUAUUGAUAGUUUUAUUGAUAUUGGUAAACUUAAAAAUGAAGGAGUAUUAAGUCUUAAUGGUACAACUCUUCGUAAAAUUUGGUCUUUUUUUAAAGCAAAAUAUCAUCGUUGGUAUUCAUCAACUGGAGAAGAGGGAGCACGUCUUCAUAUAUUUCGUGACCAUCUUAAAUAUGUAUUAGAAUCAAAU